AUCUACUCAAUUACAUAACAUAAAAUUUACAUUUCUUUCAGCCUAUCAACUUAUACCAUAAAAUACAAUACAAUGUUUUUCGCACUCAUCGUCAUCAUCCUCCUCGUAUCACUAACUCUCAUCAAACUUCCAUUAACAACCACCAAAUCGGCGGCGCCGCCCGGCCCCCCCGGCCUGCCAUUCAUCGGAAACCUACUCCAAUUCGACAGAUCCAAACCCCACAUCCACCUCUGGAAGCUCUCCAAAAAAUACGGCCCCAUCAUAUUCUUAAACCACUGCUCCACCCGGUGGCUCGUCGUCUCCUCCGCCGCCGCCGCCAAGCAAAUACUCAAAACCGACGACCUCUCCUUCUGCCGCCGCCCGCCGGUGGUGGGGCAGCAGAAGCUCUCCUACGGAGGCAAAGACAUAGCCUUCUCCCCUUACAACAACCACUCCAAAGGCCUCAGAAAAAUCUGUCUCCACCAGGUCUUUUCGUCGAAAGCCGCCCUCUCCUUCCGGCCGAUCCGCGAGGACGAAGUCUGGAGGAUGAUCGACGCCAUUAAUACCAGUCUCAGAGCUUCUUCUUCUUCUGGUUCAUCUUCUCCGAUCAAUUUGAGCCGUCUGGGCAUGUCGCUGGCGGUGAACCUGAUCUGCCGGACGGCGUUCGGGCGGCGGUUCGAGGAGGACGAGUACGAGAGGAUCAAGUUCGAUAGGCUUAUAAUGGAAGCUCAGGCGCUGAUGGUGAGUUUCUAUUUUGGGGACCAUUUUCCGACGGCGUUGGGGUGGGUGGAUAAGGUGCGGGGGUUGUCGGACAGGCUGAGGAGGAAUUUUGAGGAGCUGGAUGCGUUUUACGAGCAGAUUAUCGAGGAGCACAGAGGAUGUAAUGGAGAAGAAGAAGAAGACAUUGUUAGUUUCAUGAUUGGGGUUAUGGAAGAGGAGCAGCGACGUUCUUCCAUGGAUUUCACACGAGAACACCUCAAAGGCUUGCUCAUGAAUCUAUUUGUUGCUGGAACCGACACAGUAGCAGCUGCAGUUGUCUGGGCAAUGACAGCCCUGUCAUCAAGGCCUGCAAUUAUGCAUAAAGCUCAGGCACAGAUCAGAGGGCUCAUUGGGGCAAAAGGAACAAGUCGAGUCGAGGAAGAAGACCUUCCAAAGCUAGGGUAUCUCAAGGCAGCGGUGCUGGAGACUCUCAGGCUCUUUCCCCCAGCUCCUUUGCUCUUCAGAACCCAAAUAUCGAACCAUUCCUGCACCGUAGGGGGUUUCCAUGUCCCGCCGGGAACCUCAGUCAUCGUCAACGGAUGGGCAUUAGGAAGAGAUCCCGAUAAUUGGGAACAUCCCGAAGAGUUUCGCCCUGAAAGGUUCCUUCAAGACGAUGGCACAAUCAACAGAGAUGCUGCUGCUUUUGCUGUUGGAGCUAAUCAUUUUGGGGAUUUUGGAAUGGUCCCUUUUGGAGGAGGAAGGAGAGGCUGCCCUGGCAAGGAGAUAGGCCUCAUAUCCACAGAGCUCGCUUUGGCAAAUCUCCUCUACUCUUUCGACUGGUCUGCUGGCCAUGGCUGCUGCUGCAGCACCCACGAAAAAGACGACAUCCAGUCACUGCCUGGCCUCACUACUCACAAGAAAAACCCACUUAUUCUCAUGGCUAAAACCUUCAUACAGAAUGACUGAUCAGACACAUAACUCAUAUUAUUUAUUACAUAUAUAUAUAUAUAUAUGCUUGAUUAGUGAAAACUCGAAUAUAUAUAUGGUCAUGAAGCACAUAACAGUACUAUCUAUCAAUGUUUUUGUGAUAAUUAUUAUUUAUAUGCUGCUAUAGUGAGGUGAACUUUGUUGUUUGUAUGCUGAA